AUGGAAAUGGCUGAAGGUAGGUUUACACCUUCUGCAGACGAAUCAGAACAACUGGAAAAGAUCUGGCAGCUGAACCAGCUAGCAAGAGAUGUGCUUCUGAAAAGUGAUAAUGAAGAGAGAGUGGAGUAUGUGCUAAGACUGAUCUCUUCAACAAGAGAGCUGAGCGGAUCCCUCAGCCAACACCUGGGGAGCAUUACAGAAAGCCUUCAAGACACUUGCCACUUGCUGAGUGUUCUUCAUGACAAACACAAGGAACUGACUGCAAGUCCAGAGUACAAUGACAUUAUAGAUUGUCUGCAAAAAAUGAAGGGUUAUUUGACAAACACAGUCUCACACCUUCAAGAGGCCAAAAAUAAACUUUAUGCUGCUAGCUGCAAACCAGAUGAUUCUCAGAUCCAGACUGCUCAAAAUACUUCUGGAGAAACAAGUGUAUGUUCUGAAGGAGAAGCAAUGGAGUCUGUGCAAGCAUCUUCUAGUCCCAGUCAGCAAUCCCAAAAAACUCCUUCGCCAAACAAGACAGAAAGUCAGAACAUUAAUCAAAUACAGCCAAGUGACACUAAAACUAUGGCAAAAGAAAUAUUUGCAUCAUCAACUGAAAAUGUAUCUGCUCAAGAACAGGACAUUAGCAGAGAACCUCCAAUGAAAAAGGAAGAGGGUGAAUACAGACUGCUAAUGACCUCCACUCCAGAGGAAAAGGAUAAUAAUGGGAAAGAUAAACCUCUCAGAGAUAGCGCUCUUACAGAAAAAUAUUCAGAACUGGCUUGUCAAGAUGCUCUUAAGGGUACUCGAGAAGGCCUUCCAUCUCAGACAUUGACAGAUAUUUACGACAAAAUUGUCACAAGUCCUUGUGAAGAGGAAAAAAAGGCAGUAGUCAUAGAACCACCAAAAGAGGUGGAAAGUGAAGAACACAGACUGUCAGAGCAAAUGGAAGACAGUAAAAUGAAAACAAAUUAUGAGAUUUGUACGAAUGAUCUAAUUACCUUCACAUCUUUAGCACAAACACGUGAUCUUGCUGCUGUGAAUACUUCUACAAAUGAUUCAGAAGUGGAAAAAUCUAGGCACUGGAUGAACAAAGAGUAUGCACAUUCUUCUUUCAGACAUACUCUGAUAUUGCUUAUUAGCAUAUAUAUAAACAUUUGUGGGCCCACAAGCUCAAUAUGCACAUAUCAAACAGCUGCUGGCCUUGCACAUACCACUUUACAAUUUAAGUUUACUGUAUUUCUAGUGGAAGAGAGUGGUAAGAAUGAACGUAAAGUAGUUUGUUUUAUUAAAGCCCCUGCAACUGCUCUGGAGAAUCUGACAUGUAAGAUAGUCAAUGACACUAGUUCCUUGGUGGUUGAUGAUUCCGAGGAGCUGGUCAGCAAUGUUAUCAGUAUCGAAUGCUCUGAUAAUGAGAAAACAAUCCCUUUCCCUAUCAACAUUGCAAUCCCGUUUACUUCAUGCUUCAGAGGAAAUUAUCGGGAGAUUAUGGUGAAGGUGACAGAAGUGAACUUUCAAUCAAAUUACUUAACUCCCAUUUCUUUGGAGGGAUACCAAGGAAACCAUAAGGAAACAUUUGCGGAAGUGAAAGUUUACCAGCUGGGUGUUUUCUCUGUGUUGUCAUGCUUAAAGAGAGAAACUUUUACUGUUCCAAAGGUAGGACUCUCAAAAAAGCUGAGCAUGGAUUCUAGAAUCUCUUUCUAUUAUCCUCCAGAAACAUUCAGUUCUCCAGCAGCCAUGCAGUUAAAGGUUCAGCCAAUUGAACCAUCACUGAUUUCCACACUGAAAGCAAGAAAUGAUAUGUACUACUCAGUGGUAUCCACCAGUGCACUGGUUUAUGUCCAGCAUCCUUCAGCUCAACCGUUUAAUAACUCAGUCACUAUUACUCUACCCUGUCCUCCAAACCCAGAAAAAAAAAGGCAAGGAGAUGAGACAGAACAAGUGAGAGCCAUCAGUGCUACAGUAAAGAGGGUUGCUGCAGCAUACCAUCCUCGGGCUACAAGUGCUUCUGUGAGAAAGAAUGGAGAGAAUCUCAGCGAUUCUUUGAAAUUAUUAGGUCAUAGAAACAAAGAACGGGAAUGGAUGGUGUUUGAUGAUAUUAAUAUCCAGAAUGCACGGAAUGGGCUUGUAUCAUUUGAACUAAAUGAACAUUUAGAAAGCUUUGUGGUCAUUCGGCUUUCAUUCCUCUUGGAAACUACGUAUCUUCUCCUUUUCGCUCAGGCUCUAGAAGAAGCUGUUUGUAGCACAAUGUCUAAUGUGAUAUUGUAUCGGAAAAGAGAAAACCCAAAUCAAACAGUAGUCUUACUAUGUGCAUCCAAAGAAUUGUCGUGGGAGCUACAAAAUCUCCAUGAGGAGGGCUACUUUGGUCCCCCAGAACCUACGCAACAGUUUCCAUUAAGAGAAGGAGAGCAGAUUCAUUUUCAAUUUACAGGCAAUAUAUUUGCUUCAGAAAAUGGAAAAGAUUUUGGAAAAUCCUACAGGCUGACUUUUCAUUCACAAAGAAAGCCCAAGCUAGAGCUCCAAAUUAAAGAAGUGGAUGAGUUUGGUAACCACAGCUCACCUCACUACAAAGGAACGGCUGUUUUUUAUAAAAUUACCAGAGAGAUGAUAACCAAGGAAUGGAAACAGCCCUUGCCACGUGCUGAUUACCAACACCAGUCACCACUGUGCAAAUUAGCACUAACAUUACCAAAGCAUGAAAAGUUGGUCAACCGUCCACGAAGCACAAAAAGAAUUUCUUCUGAUUCAUCAGAGGCCCUAUGGGACAGCUUGCUCUUUUGGCUUGCAGAAGAGCUUGCAGAAGAUAAUACACCACUGCUUGCUUUACGCCUCCCUGUUCGGCGGAGCGUACUUCAGCUUGUUAGGCUGAAAUGCCCCGAUAAUUUAACACACCAGAUCUAUGAGCUUCUUUGCUGCUGGCAAAAGACCCUUCCGAGGUCGGCUGAUAAACAGCAGCUCCUGUCUCGCUAUUUGCAGAAGAGCGGCAGAAAGGAUCUUUCAGAAGAACUUUGUUGUAAGUGGCAAAAUAAAGUGUUCACUUGACAGAGUCACUGGCAACUAACAGCCCAAUUUCUCUUCUUUCUUGUUGAGAAGAGUGAAUGUUUUCAGGAUGUGUAUCAUCUGAUGAAGCGACAGACCACUGUUUUAUUUGUCACUUUGCAAACUCUUUUCUAAAACAAAGAAUGAUAACAAUACCCUUGCUUGCUAAAAGUGAACAUUUACCCUGUGGAAAAGCGACAUACUGAAAAUACAGGUAUGAGGAAUUAUGGACUGGUGUGCACACAUGUCUAAGGGCUCUAAUUAGACAUACCAUACUCAGUUGACAGAGGAUCGUGUUUGUAAAUGCUCCUAAAAACUAGGAAUUAUUCAUUAUACUUUAUCAAAAGUCUUAUGCAUCAUUCCAUGAUAUAUGGACUACUGUAUGUCCAAUAAUAAUAGCUAUCAGAUUCUUCAGAGGAAAGCAUAAUGGAUCAUUAAAAUAAUAGAAAAAAUUUCUUCUUAAUGUAAGGCUGUUUGUAACUAUUCCUGACUUUUAUGUUCUCCGUGAAUGUUUAUUAUCCCUGUGAAUGUCAUCAAAACUUUCAGCAUUACCACGUUUCAAUAUCUAAUCUGUUUCAAGAAAUUAACGGAUUUGCUGCCUCACUAUUAUCUAUCACGGUAAUGUUUCAGGUUUUGUUUUUGUCUUUGUUUUUCACGCUACAAUCAAAUUUGGGAGAAGUAUUUCUUCUUAUAAAUUAAAAAAAAAAAAUUGCCUUGUAAUUUUAUUAAUUAUAUUGACCUCUUGUAUUGAAAGUGUAGAUAAUAAAACAUACGUAUUUGUACCAUUCUUUAGCCAUG